GCGGACAUACAGUCUCACACGAGCAAACCCAAACAAACCAUGUUCUCUUCCGGCAGAGGGCGGGACCAAACUGAGGCACGGCGUCUAACUUGGGUUCUGGCAGCCAAUCAGGAGCCUGGGCACUUAUUCAAAAUCUGACCUGGCGCGGGGACGACUCUGGGAGUGGAGUCGUCGUCUCCUCUGAGUGGGAAGGAGAGAAGCAUCGAAGCCCCCCUCCCAUGCCAGUCCAUACGCCUGCGCAGGGAAGGUGGGCCUUCGACUACUUAGCCUCCGGUUUCCUCUUCUGCAGAAAGGGGAUAAUCAUACUUGUGGCCCCUACAUUACCGAGUUGUCACAGAAAAAGUAAGAUCUGACUUCAAAAGCUGCCUGAGACAGUCAAGAUCCAGUUUAUCAUUCAUCUUUACUGCUUGUUGAAAGUGCAUAUGUUGAUGGACUGACUAUCUCACUCUAUCAUUGUCUGAAAAAACAGAUUUUAAAGACUGUCAUUAAGAAAAGACCAAAAAUCAAAUGCAUAUCAAAGAGCUUAAAUUCCACAGUUUGAGUCCUUUUUAAAAGACUUCUCGCUAUUAAUAUGUCAAUGUAUGGUACAACUAUUAUUCGAAAUCGCAAUGAUGGUCUUGGCUUAUCUUCACAAAGUAAUUCAUCCCAAAGCAGCAGACUUAAGCAUCAUAUGAAGUCAGAGAUGCCAGAGUGUGAAAAUAAUUCAUUAUUUAAAUCUUUAAGUAAAAUCAAAGAAAUAAAUAAAACCUAUGUUAUUUCAGCCUGUAAAAAAGUGCAAGAUGAACCUCUCACACCUAACUUGGAAGGCAGGUUGGCACUUCAAAGAAGAACUAGAAAAAUUCAAGAACCACCUUUGCUUGGUAGUCAGCUUCAGGAAGAAACCGAAGAAACAACAGAACAACUUACAUUGCAGCGUCGUAUAAGAUUAGACUCUCUGGAAAAGUGUAAGACAAAUAAAAAUGCACCAGAUAUAAUAGACAAUAAAAAGUCUGCUUUGGACCAGAGCAAUAAAAAUCUAAAGACAGCAAAUUCUGAUAAACACUCUUUUGUUAAAUCUAUUUCCCCUGUAUUUGAAAAUAUAGAACGAAGAAAAACAACUGCUGAUGAAAAGAGCAAAGAAAAAUGUUCAGUUCCAAAUGCAGAAAAUGGAAACAUUUUACAUGAUAAAUGCUCUGUUUCUCAAGUAUUUGAGUCACAAAGUCAGAAUGAAGUUAGUAGAUUAGGACACUCAACAGUAAUGAAGCCUAUUCAAAACACAUCAGAUAUAAAGAUAAUUACAACAGGAAAUUUAAAUAAUAGAAGUACUGGAAAGGAAACAAUGAAAAAUAUAAAUAAUAAGUUUGGAAGCUUGGAAAAACCAAGAACAUCCAGACAAUGUAUUAUGGAAGAAAACAAAUUUACACCAAAAUGGAGUACUCCUCAGGGGAGAACCUCAGCUUUGUCCAUUUCAAAAAGUAGAACAUGCUUUCAAAAUAUGCAAAACCAAAAAAGCGUACCUAGUUCUUUUCUUGAAAAUAAAAGGGAAAGAUCACAAGAAAAAACCUUAUUGAAAGAAGAAACUAUAAUUUACAAUACUUUUAGACAAUCAAAUCUUUUAAAGGUAGAGAAUAGUCAAGUGACAGUGGCUGUACGAGUAAGACCCUUCAGCAGCAGAGAGAAAACCGAAAAAGCAUCUCAGGUAGUCUUCAUGAAUGGCCAAGAGACAACUGUGCAAUAUCCUGACAUGAAACAAAUAUAUAAUUUUAUUUAUGAUUUUUCAUUCUGGUCUUUUGACAAAAGUCAUUCUAACUAUGCAAGCCAAAUGACAGUAUAUGAGACAUUAGCAGUGCCACUCCUGGAAAGCGCUUUUGAAGGAUAUAAUACUUGUCUCUUUGCUUAUGGACAGACCGGCUCUGGAAAAUCUUAUACGAUGAUGGGAUUUGGUGAAGAAGUGGGAAUAAUUCCCAGAUUUUGUAAAGAUCUCUUUUCUCAAGUAGCCAAAAAAGAAACACAAGAGGUCUCCUAUCACCUUGAAAUGAGUUUUUUUGAAAUCUACAAUGAAAAAAUUCAUGACCUACUUGUUUGUAAAGGUGAAAAUGGACAGAAGAAGCAGCCUCUCAGAGUAAGAGAGCAUCCAGUUUCUGGACCCUAUGUAGAAGCUCUGUCAGUGAAUGUCGUGAGUUCUUAUUCUGAUAUUCAGAGUUGGCUUGAAUUGGGAAAUAAACAAAGAGCAACUGCAGCCACUGGUAUGAAUGAUAAAAGUUCCCGUUCACAUUCAGUUUUUACUUUGGUGAUGACCCAAACAAAGACAGAAUUCGUGGAAGAGGAAGAACAUGACCACAGAAUUAUUAGUCGUAUAAAUCUAAUUGAUUUGGCAGGCAGUGAGCGAUGCUCAGCAACUCAGACUAGUGGGGAGCGGCUAAAAGAAGGUGUGAGUAUUAACAAAUCACUCUUAACUUUGGGAAAGGUUAUUUCUGCUCUCUCUGAGCAAGCAAGCCGAAAAAGAAUUUUUAUCCCUUAUCGUGAAUCUGUUCUUACAUGGUUGUUAAAAGAAAGCUUAGGUGGUAAUUCAAAAACUGCAAUGAUUGCUACAGUUAGUCCUGCUGCUAGUAACAUAGAGGAAACAUUAAGCACCCUUCGAUAUGCUAAGCAAGCCCGCCUGAUAAUUAACAUUGCCAAAGUAAAUGAAGAUGUGAAUGCCAAGUUAAUUAGAGAACUAAAAGCAGAAAUUGAAAAGCUGAAAGCUACUCAGCGAAAUACUAGGAAUAUUGACCCUGAACGAUACAGACGCUGUCAACAAGAAAUAACUUCCUUGAGAAUGAAACUUCAUCAACAAGAAAAGGAUAUAGUAGAAAUGCAAAGGGCAUGGAGAGAAAAACUUGAACAAGCAGAAAAAAGAAAGCUUCAAGAAACAAAGGAGUUGCAGAAAGCGGGAAUUACAUUCAAAAUGGAUAACCGCUUACCAAACCUUGUCAAUCUCAAUGAAGAUCCACAACUAUCAGAAAUGUUACUCUAUAUGAUAAAAGAAGGAAAAACUACUGUUGGGAAGAACAAACCAAACUCAGGUCAUGAUAUCCAGUUAUCAGGGGUGCUAAUUGCUGAUGAUCACUGUGUUAUUGAAAAUUUUGAUGGCACAGUCAGUAUCAUUCCACUAGGAGAUGCAAAAACAUAUGUAAAUGGAAAACAUAUCUCUGAAUCUACAAUUCUACAUCAUGGUGAUCGUGUCAUUCUUGGUGGAGAUCAUUAUUUUAGAUUUAAUCAUCCAGUAGAAGUACAGAAAGGAAAAAUAUCAUUUUGUGGGUCUGUUCUUACAAAUGAUGGUCCAAAAGACUUUGAGUUCGCAAAAAAUGAAUUGCUUAUGGCUCAGAGAUCACAACUUGAAGCAGAAAUAGAAGAGGCACGAUUAAAAGCUAAGGAAGAAAUGAUGCAAGGAAUCCAGAUUGCAAAAGAAAUGGCCCAACAAGAGCUGUCUUCUCAAAGAACUGCCUAUGAAAGUAAAAUAAAAGCCCUCGAAAUGGAACUGAAAGAAGAAUCUGAGAGGAAGAAAAUGCAGGAAAUAAAUAACCAAAAGGCUAAUGACAAAAUCCAGGAAUUAGAAAAAGCAAAGCAACAUCUCGAACAGAAAGUCCACGUUAAUAAGAAGCGAUUAGAAAUGGAGACUUUGGCUACAAAACAGGCCUUAGAAGAUCAUACUGUUCGGCAUGCGAAGAUUCUUGAAGCUUUGGAGGCUGAGAAGCAGAAAAUUGUUAAAGAGGUACAGAUUCUACAACAGAAUCGGAAUAACAAAGAUAAAAUGUUAACAAUUCAGCCUAAUUGGAAUUUCAUGAAGCUCUCAAUGAUGAUCCAAGAAGCGAACACCAUUAGCAACAAAUUAAGAAAGUGUUAUGUUUUUUGUAGGCAUGAUAUAUCAAGCAAAGGAAAUAGUACCGAGCCUUCUGUUCAAGUCCAGGUUCGUAAUGUUCAACUGGGCAUUUCGACUUUCUGGAGCUUGGAAAAAUUUGAAUCUAAACUUGCAGCAAUGAAAGAACUCUAUGAGAGUAAUAGUGGUAUUAAAGGUGAAGAUAUCUUUUAUGAUCCUGUAGAUGAAUGGGAACCUGAUUUAGCAAAUACAACAGUCUCAUCAUUUUCUAGAAGGAGGAGCAAGAGUUUGAUGAAGAAUAGGAGAAUUUCUGGAUGUUUACAAGAUAUAAAAGUUCAUCCAAUUAAGAAUUUAAAUUCUUCACAUUCAUCAGGCUUAAUGGAGAAAUCCAGCAGCAUUUAUUCAAAUUCAACAGAAUCUUUUCUGCCUGGAAUUUGCAAGGAUUUGAUUGGUUCAGCAUUAGAUUUCCUCAGUCAAAGUGAUGAUGAGGAAAAGACUAUGGUAGACAGCUUAAUUACUAAUUUUCUUAAAAUUCAUGCUUGUGUGAUUUCCAUUUCCAAAGCUUAUGAACAACAAGAUGAAGAAAGUCAAGAUAACUUUUUUUCUACUGAUCGAGUGAUCCAGUCAUUUUGUAUACAGAUGACAUCUGCUUUUGAACAGCUUGUUGUUCUAACCAAACAUUGGCUUGAUGAUUUUCCACAGUCUAUUUCCAGACCUGACGAUGACUUGACACAGGAAGUUAAAAAAUUGGGAGGAUACUUACAAUUGUUUUUGCAGGGAUGCUGUUCAGAUAUUUCAUCAAUGGUGAAUGAGGCUCAAAAGAAAAUGAUCCAAACCAUGCUACAGGCAGUAAAAUAUGUGGGACAGUUGGCAAUUCUUAAAGGAACCAAAUUGCAUCUUUCAGAAAACAGUAGGGAUGAAAUGGUGUAUCUUCAGGAGGACUUCAUAAAUGCCAUUUGUGAUGGAGUAAGUUUAGGUAUGAACAUUCUUUUGGAUUCUGGACUGGAAAAAAUGAAGCAGCUUCAGCAAGAACUCUUAGGACAGUGUCCACAAAAUAAGGUUAUAGAAAAGAUGAAAACAAAUGCAAUGGCAUUGAUCAGAUCCUUCGAAAAUACUAUUACAGAAUGGAAAACGAAGGAUUUUAGAGCUCAAGCUAAAGAAGAGGAGUCAGUAUCUCAAGAUGUGAAGAAGCUAAUUAAUCUUGCUACUGAAUUCUUGAAGUUGAAGCAUUGCUUAGAGCAAAUUAGUCAAAUUGUUAUUUCUGCAUUGAAAGGAUUGGGAUCCUACAGUGAUGUUAUCCUGCUCAAGAAUUGUGUUGAAAAUAUUUGCAACUUGGUCAGGCAUAUUAAUGAUGAAUUCAUUCUGUUUACACCACUUUCUGGUUCAACAAAUACCUAUGAUGAUGGAAUAUCUGGUGUUGCCUGCAGGGAAUUGCAGUCUCUGGCCAAAUCACUCCUGUUGGACUUUGAAUCUGAAGAAAGAUUUGACUUGUUAAAACCCAAGGAAAUAUGUAAACAAAAUAGUGAGGAUGAAGAAAAACAUAACCUAACAGGAAAUAAAUAUACUAGCAGUAAAGGUGUACCAAAACAAAUACAUAAACUCCAAACACCAUCUUCUACUCAUUGUACAGGAGAAUUUUCACCCAGUAAUAUUCAGUGGGUAUAAACUCAGAUAUGUGUAUAUAUUUUGUGAUUACCCAGAAAUGAAACUUGAUAAACUACUUUUUUAAUGUAGGAGGAAAUUUUGCAUGAGAAAAAAGAGCCUUGGAUACCUCACAGAAGUUCAGAACAGAUCAGGCUGGGUCUGAAGAACAUAAAUAAAGUGUUAUGGAAUCUUGAUUUUAAAAGAAACAAAUGUAUCUAUGUGACAUCCACAAGAUCACUUGACAAUUUUCCCUCUGAUGUUCAAUCAGCAGGCAUGUUAAAUGGGAACUGAGUUAAUUGUGAGUACUUGGAAUAUCAUAAAAUCCCAAAAUAUUUAUGAGAAAAUGAAAUAAGAAAUCUAAGACCAAACAUGUGUUCAUGUGGUUAGUCUCUGAUGGAAUUAUGUUGCUUUGGGUGCUAGGAAUAUCAAGUUUUUAUAUUGUCUGUUAACCGCAGUCACUGGUUCAUUAGCUAUAUUUAGGGAUUUCCUAAAGGUGGGAAAUAUGAACAGUUGGUUAAAUAUAUAUGUGUAUCUUUUCAGCUAAGAAAGUUUUAUGAAAACCUGAAAAUAGGAAUAUUUUUUUUAAAGGGAUUGCUAUUGAGAACUUAUCUCUGCAUUGUAGCUAUUCUUCUCAAGUGUAUCCUUUCAAUUAGAAUGCUCAGGUGUAUAGUUUUCCUAAUUUCUCCUAAUUGUAAAGAUAGUUAUCAAAAUAUGUAUUUUUUGUUUUCAGUGCAUCAUAUUCUAAUGACUUCCUCCUAGCUCUUACAAAAAGUGUCAGUGUUUAGGCAAGUAGUUGGAACUAAUUUUCUGUCAUAUUUGCUUAUAAAUGAGUGUGUGCCUAUGCAGUGUUUAUAGGUUCUUAUGAAUGAAGGUAAUAUCUGAAUUUUAAUCUGAGUAAGAAAAUAUAGAGUGUUUUUGUAUACAUGUUUUAGGACCCCUUAUCUUGGUUUUGUAUCAUCUUACAGUUUUUCUUGAUGACUUUAAAGUGACUAAAGGGACAAAAGUAAAACUCUAGAUAACUACUUUCUGAAAAAUUGGGAGGCAGUGUCCGAUUCUUUAAAUCAUCAAUGUUUAUAAUUAGCACUGAGUCUCAUUUUCUUGUCCUAGAGAAACGGUGCUAAAUUAAUGUCUUUGUUUCCUUGAGCAGAGACUUAGUUAACUAAAGAAAAUCACCUUUCUACCUAAUAUCUAAAUCUACAUUAUAAUAGGAGGCACAUUUUCACUCCUUUUUGGUAGAUCUUUUAUACCUAAUUAAAAAUUGCAUCCUAAUGCCAGAAUCUGAGCAGCUUGCUAUUGAAAGAACCUAAGGAAUCAAAGGUAGGACUUUUCACUGAUGGAACAGUUGUUUCAUUAUGAACUUAAAAGAAGAAUUUGGAGCUGGAUGGAAACUGAAGUUUUUGAGAUAUUUCGGCACAGAACAAAAGGUCAUUUAACUAUGGAAAAGAUAAAACUAAUGUCUUUGAGCUGCUUGAGAAAUGUGUGCAAUUUGUGUGGUUGUGCUAAAGAUACCAUUUCCAUGACACUGAACAGUUCCUGGAAAGUAAUUCUUUUAAGCAACAUAAGAACUUUGCUUUUUUCCCCUUUAAAUACUGGUAAAGUACAUCACUUAUUUAGUAGAAAUUGACUAUUUGGCAUAGUGUAACUAUCUAAUAAUUGCCUUAUUAAUGGGAAACUUCCAAUGACUUUCUUAUAUGUUAGUUGUCCCAUCCGAAUGUUAUUUUCAGUAUGUGUCAAAAUAAAUUGGCUUUGUUUGAGCAGUUUUUUUCUAAAUCUUAACCUGAGUUUUUUAUAAAUCUGUAAUGUAAUUUUGCCUCCACAUUUUUUUUCAGAAUUCUAGAUAUUUAUUCAUGCUUUAUUUUGUGCUUAAAAAUUGCACUUAAUCUUUGCCUCAACUUCCUUAAACCCAGGACUUUAACAUUAGUCAAAGCUUUUAAAAGUUUUCACAAAUAUUUUGUAUGUAUUUAUAUUCUCAUAUAAUUGUCCUGCUUGAACAGGUUUUGAAAUACAUUUUGCUAUUCAGAAUCAUGUGUCACUAUUGUAACAAAAAUGUCAUUAAUAAAUCUUGUCUGGAUCAAUAA